UUUACAGGAAGGUAGGUUAGCAUGUUAGCAGUGUUGCUAAAAACAUUGAAGAGCACAGUUGUAAACAACGUCUGCGACAAUUGAUACCUGUGCAUAUGAGACGGUGUGUGAGUUAAGGGAUAUAUUUGUUACUUUAUCUCUUUGAAAACAUUUCGAAGAUAGUGUUGUAAACUUUAGCCUACGCUAGCCUGUUUUAAUAACAGUAACGUUAAGUCAACGUGGGGCUUGCUUAUCCAAAAUGGAUGACAGCAAGAUGAUGGGCGGAAAAAUCAAGAAACCCGGAAAGCGUGGCCGGAAGCCUGCCAAAAUCGACCUGAAGGCCAAGCUGGAGAGAAGCCGGCAGAGUGCCAGGGAGUGCCGAGCCCGAAAGAAGCUGCGCUACCAGUAUUUAGAGGAGCUGGUGUCCAGCAAGGAGAGGGCCAUCUGUGCCCUCAGAGAGGAGCUUGAAAUGUACAAGCAGUGGUGCUCAGCCAUGGACCAGGGCAAGAUCCCGUCAGAGAUCAAAGCUCUUCUUACGGGCGACGAUCAGAAGAUGCCACAGAGCUCCAGCACCAAAACGCCAAAGAAUGGAAAGUACAACUCCAGCGGCAACAGCCAGAGCAAAUCCACCUAAACCCAGAAGUCUGGAUCAUGAGCGCUUGUGAGAAAGUGUAGCCUCCUCUAUGAUGGGGGACUUGAACUGUGUAAAGGCCAAAUUAUCAGCUGCUGUUCCCUCCCAGGGCACAGUCACACUCUUUCCAGUGCAUUACUAUAUUGCCUUACAAAUGCACCCCUUUCAGCUUACAAGUGACCUCAAUAGGUACAGUCAGAAUUAGAAAUCAUGAUUACAGCAAUGGGUAACUCCAUGCUGUCAUGUUCAUCAUUACGUUUAAUUAAACCCUUGUGUUUUUGCUCUUGUACUGUAUAUGUGAGAUGCUCAGACAUACUGCAAAUUUAUAGCUUUGUUGUAACAUCAUAGGGGGAGAGUACAUUUGCUCAGUAAUGUUGUUCACAUCUGUUCCUUGUUUCUUAUUCUUUGAGGACUGACAUGUUUCUAAAUGUGACAAAUCUCCGGAUUAACUCUUGACCAUUUCACAUUCUUUGUUCCCAAACUCCUUUAUCCGUGCAUAUGGACUUCAUUAUUAUAGCAUUUUGGCGAAACGUAGCUCUUUGUUACAUAGUGUGGACAUAUGUAUGUAGGUCCUGUGCAAUUACUUGCGUGUUAAGAGAUGUUUGUUUUGUCAUGUGGCGGCAGUUGAGCAGAAUUUUGUUAAUUUGGUGAAAUCAUUUCUGGGCUUUCCCACCAUUUUCUUUCAUGUGAAUAUCUGUAUGUAAAUUUGUUCUACAUUGAAGCAUAUUUUAUUUUUGUAAAUAUUUAUUUGUUUACCCUCAUACUAUUUACUUAGGUUGAAAGUGUUUGCAACCUUUUCAGAUCUUCUUAUCUUGUUUCCUAACCAGUGUUUUGCACUUAACACUGCCCCCCUGUCAUCCCCAAGCAAAGAUAUCUAUUGAAAAUGUCUUGACCCUAGAAAAUCAAGUGAAAUUCUUGCUUUGGAUAAUGAUAAUGCACUUUAAGUACCACUGAGGUGGUCUGUGGGAAGCAGAGUGGCUAAUUUUGUCAGGUAUUGGAUAAAUGAAGGUUUAUAUUUUGUGCAGUUUCAUUCUUAUUUAAGACUCGGAUAGCAAAUAUACAUAAAGCACUUUGAUCUUUUAGUUGUUGCCCUUAACUCUUAAGAAUAUUAUUGUUGUUGUUAUAAAAUUGCUGUACUGUUGUUAAGUUUGGUUUGAGGACCUCCGUAGAAUUGCUUAUACAUUAUGCUAUUCCUUUCUUCAACUUAAAUGAUGGGCAACAUUUCAGUUGCAGUUUUUGCUUUAAAGGGACACUUCACCGAUUAGCAUUAAGCUUUGUAUCUUUAGAAAACCCGUCAUGUUUUUGAAUGGUCGUGCAUCAUUCCCUCAGUUUGCCUUGAGAUGGGAGAAAUACGGAUUUCAGUGAAACCCAUGAAUAGGACUUCCUGCUUUCAAUGAUGUAAAAUGAUGAUUUUUUACAUCAUUGAAAGCAGGAAGUCCAACAUUGAAAUCUGUAUUUCUCCCAUCU